UACGUUUUAAGAUUUCACAUAAGCUCCUCACUAAGUUCAAUAUUAUUUUGCUUUUGUUGGGUGUGUUUUGUUAUUUUUGAAUUCGCUGUAAUGCCUCCUAAAAAGCAAGCAGCAGACACUGUUGAGGUUCCCGUGUCCACAGACGAUGUUCCAAUGGAGGAGAAAGUCGAGGAAGGACCAGGUUUGAGUCAACAAAUGUGGUUUUGAGUAGAGAACAUUGACUUCACAAAUUCUCCAUUUUGAGGAAUGGAAAUCUUGUCGUUUUCUCCAUAGAUGCUGCGUCGCUGGCCAAACUUACAUCUCACCCAUCUACAGCCAUCAUGGUUCGAGAAGCACUGAAAGAGCUGGACUCCCGCAAAGGCGUCUCAUCUCAGGCCAUACAGAGUUACAUCAAACAGAAAUACCCCUCCGUCGAUCAGGUUCGGUUGAAGCAUUUGGUCAGGAGAGCCCUGAAAAAGGGGAUCGAGACCGGCACGUUGGUACGACCUGCCAAUUCCAAUGUCACCACAGGCGCAACGGGAAAGUUUAGGGUAGGUUGUCAAGUCCACAGUAGAACCAGAAUAAGUUUAGGAAGGCAAUUUAACGAGAGAUUUUCAUUCUGUCUUUAGCUUGCACCAAAAACGAAAGAGGCAAAGACAAAAAGUGAGAAUACAGAUCCAAAUGUGCAGAAAGUUACCAAAGCAGCUAAGGAAGGUGCCAAAAAGUCUCCCAAAGCAGGUACUAAUUUAACAAAUGGAAGUAUAAGUCUCCUCUUUUUUUAUUAUAUAUUUUUGACCUAAUUACAUGUUUUUCUUAAAGGUACUACAAAGAAAGACAAAGCUAAUGAGGAAGCAAAGACAAAGAAGGUAAGAAGAUGGGCUACCUGUGUGCCAUUUACAAAGUAACUACUGAAAGAGACUUUGCUGACUGUAUAAUAUUUUUGUGGUUGUAAGUUGGUCAAACAUUGAUGGAUAUUUGCAGUGCCUUGUUAAAACUUGAAACCAAAUUAUUUAAACUUGUGUUUUUCUCUAUUUUCAAGGACCCAAAGCCUCCCAAAAAGCCAAAGAAAGGUGAAGAGACUCAAGCUUCAAAGCCCGCUCCUGCGAAGAAGCCGAAGGCCAAAAAAGAUGCAGAGAAAGGAGAAGGAAGUAAAGGAACCUCUGAUUCAGACAAACCUAAAGCAGCAAAGAAAACUAAAGGGGCAGCAAAAAGUACAAAUGCAGAAAAACCAACAAAGGCUGCUAAGACUGCAAAGGCAGGAGAUGACGCCCCUGCUCCUAAAGCACCUGGUAAACGAGGGAAGAAGACGGCGGACUAAAACUGUAACUCUGAACUAAUGUUUUUAUACUGUUUAAUUUUGCAAUAAACUCUUAAUUUUUGAACUUUUUGAAAUUUUUACAUCCUUUUUUAAGUUAUAAUAAAACUG